UAUAAAAGCGCUGCGCGGUAAACGCGCUUCACAAACUUGGGAAGCACAUAAGAAGCAAUCUGAGCGGAGAUCGGCGGUGGCCUCUCGGGUUAUCUGUGACGACAGAGACCCUCAGCAAAAAUGAACGCCGCCCCCCCUGCAGGAAGCGCCCUGGGCCCCACUGCAACGAUCGCCCCCACCACACCCAAGAAGGGACCACCCAAAUUCAAGCAGAGGCAGGCCCGUACAUUCAAGAGCAAAGCCCCAAAGCCGGGCCAGAAAGGCUUUGGCGACGACAUCCCCGGCAUGGAGGGCCUCGGCACAGACAUCACAGUGGUUUGCCCUUGGGAAGCCUUCGGCGACAUGGAGCUCAGCGACUUGGCCAAAUACGGCAUCAUCUAAACCGGCUGCCUCCCCCCUCUCCUCUGCCCGGUCCUCUCCGCCCUGCCUUCUCUCCGUCCCAGCUCGGCACGCCAGCAUAAGACUGCCGGCGAACCCACUAAUGCCCUCUCGUCUAUCUACCUCAUGCCUCACCCCACUGAGAGGAAGGAGGGCAUAAUCAUGUUAUUUUUAUAUGAUUAUAUGAUAUUUUUUAUAGGAUAUAUUUAUAUAUAUAUAAAUAUGUGAAAUGAGAAGACGAGAAAAAAAACCACCCACUUACCGUGUUCCCUUCUACCGACUCCUACUCCCCGCCCACCCUUCCUUUUUUCGGACCCACAGCCCCCCCACACCCCCAACCCAUGGCAAUGGACGCGAGCAAAACACUGUCUAGCUGUCUAUUAAAAUGUAAAUAUUUUGUUCUCAGCGUUGAACCUUUUCACCAUGUCUCCCGUCCUACCUUUUGUACAUCCUCCCACACUUGUUUUGAGUUGUCUUUUCUACUCUUCGUGCACAACUGUAACUGUACUGUAAACACCAAGAGAUGCAAGGAGAGUGUGUGAUAUGCUGCAAAGGUGAAAACUACAAUGCAGCCUCACGUCAUCACGGAGGGUCGACUUCCUUUAAUCCCAUCCGUCUCGCUUUCUUCCUUCCUCCAUCUUUCUCUCUCUCCCUCCAUCUCUUUGCUGCUGUCUGAACCCACGUCCUUCAGAGAAAGACAAAGGCAUAUGCUGUAAGUUAUGUGUUGCAAGCACAGAAGAUGUACUGUGAAUUGGAACGUUCUGAUAGGAUGCAGUAAAAUGUGUAUAUUUAUAGUACUCAUGUUGUCUUUUUGGUUUCUCUGGAACAUAAAAGUUGCAAAAAA